AUAGAAAAUAAAAUAUCUUUGUAAUGGAGUCAGAUAAACCAUUAGUCCUUGUAACAGGCGCCUCUGGAUAUGUCGCAGGAUGGGCCAUCGUCAAGCUUCUCAACUCAGGCAAAUAUAGAGUGAGAGGAACUGUCAGAGACACUAAGAAUGAAGAUAAAUUAGAGCCUCUGAAGAAUGCUCUCCAAGAAAAAUGAGGGGAUAAUUUUGAGAAUUUUGAAUUCGCUGAGGCUGAGCUUUGUGACUUCACCUCAAUUAAGCUUGCUAUGGAAGAUGUCACUUAUGUCCUCCACCUUGCCUCUCCAAUGGCUAGUUCGACUGGAAAAGAUGAGGAAAAUGAGGUAAUCAAGCCAGCUAUUGAAGGAAAUGUAAAUGUACUCAACGCUUGUAUUGGAUCCACUGUUCAAAGAGUGGUGAUUACAUCUUCUGGCCUGACUAUCUGCGACCACAAGAAAGGAGAAGGAGUCUACUCACACGAUAGUUUCGUCGAAGAAGACAAAUCACUUGAUGCUUACUCUAAAAGUAAGAUCAGGGCUGAGCAAGCUGCUAUUACGUUGGUUGAAGAUCUUGAAGAGAAAGGAAAAAGAACAUUUGACAUAAUGUUCAUACACCCUGGUGGCAUUAGUGGGCGCCCACUUGUACCUCAAUUCAAAGGAGAAAGUAUAAAAAUGUUUGCCCAGAUUCUUGAUGGGCAGUUUUCAAGAGUGCCUAAAGUCUAUUAUCCAAUGGUAGAUGUCCAAGAUACUGCCCAAGCCCAUAUAAAUGCUAUCGAGUAUGGAACUCAUCUUGGAAGAUAUCCAUUAGCCAAUGGUACACAUAAAUUCAAAGAUCUUUGUACUAUCAUGAAGGAUAAAUAUGGCCCAAUGGGAUAUAAAGCUAGUGAUAAGGAGCUCUGCAAAACUGCAGUAUUUGUCGGAAGUCUUUUCAGCAAAGAUGUGAAAAAUAUUUAUUUUCACUGGGAAAUCAAAGCUGAGUUGGAUGGUGAAUAUGCCAAAAAUGAACUACAUCUCGAUGAUUACAUCUCUGCAGAAGAUAGCAUCAUUGAUACAUGCGACUUUUUGAUAGAGAACAGCUUUGUCAAAGAACCUAAAAAGAAGAAAGGAUUCUUCGGUUAGC